AUUACGCAUAUGUGUAGGUAUAUUACGUUAUUUGUUUCAAACGGGUGUACGUGAAUAUAUGUAUGUACAUAUUUAUAUAUGACGAUUUCACAAUUCGGCUGUGCACCCGCUUAAAAUCACACGUAAUACACUCUGUCAUCUCUAGUAUACACAUCCGUAUGCUCAAAAAUUCCUGUAUAAUUUGAUAACAAUUAAUCUCAGAGGUUCCAAUGCGUGACGAGAGACAGCCAGGGUUUUCACGCAAGCUUUCCUAGGGAAGCGCAUACAAAUUUUGAAAUUAUAUUUUUACCUCCAAAAUUAUCACAACAAAGUUUCCAAUUGAAGCUUUCCAUUGCUUUGUAUGUGAAUACAUAGAAAAAAUAGUAUUCCAAUUUUACACACAAGACAUUCCAGCUCCAAAUAUGGUUCUUUCUAUCUAAUCUGUAUGAGCAUGCAGUUCUCAAAAUUUUGAAAUGGUAUUAUCGCUCGCAGUCAUGCUUCUGAAAUCUGCAGGAUGCUGUAAAUAGGCGAAACCGUUUGACUAUAAUCCUCCUGUUCGUAAACAAUGGAGACAGUCAAGCAAAAAAGUUGCAAAUCUUGGAUCACAAAACCUCGCGAGAUACUCGCUCUCCGGACACUGAUUAAGCUGAAAUAUGCUCGAGAUCCUGGGCAGGAGAAGGAUCAGUGGUGUUACGACAUGUUGCUCAAUUUUGGCGAGGCGUUCGGCAUGAUGUGCAAGUUACUUCCGAGUGAGAUGCAACAUUUCCUAGCUGCUCUAUACCUCGCCUUACGUGUCAUUGAUACGAUUGAGGACGAUGUGGGAAAGAGUUGUGAGUGCAGGAUUAAAGAUCUCGAAGGGGUACAUAACUUCUUAAAGGACGCCAACUACCAGACGUCCUGCCAAUAUGGGCUCAACCCCAAGGAAAUUACCCUGAUGCAAAACCUUCCAAAAGUUCGCACCUUUUACCUCCAGCUCUCCCCCGUCCUUCAAACCCUUGUCGACUCCGCGGUGCAGGAAAUGGCACGAGGGAUGAUAAAGUUCCUCGCAAAACCGCAAGAUCAACCGCUUUGCGAUACCUUUGUCGACCUGGAAGAAUACUGCUACAUCGUGGCGGGGAUUGCUCAAAAAGCGAUAUUUUCAUUCCUGACAGAGGAAGGGUUUGAACUUGAAGAAAACGUGUCACGCCUAAUUCCAGGAGAACCGGGUUGGCUGACGGGGUCAAUUUCGUACUCAAUUUUCAACCAGGAAGCCAACAUUAUUCGCGACAUUGCUGACGACACGAUGGCGGCGAAAAGUUCGAGACUUUACUGGCCAAAGGAGCUUGUCGAAAAAUACGUCGCCCAGCAGAGUGACCUCGUCAUCCCGGCGAAUCGAAAAGUUGCGAUUUCCUGUUUAAACGAGCUCAUAGCGCACACGCUGACCCACGUGGUCCCGAUGUUGGAGUGGCUGGAUAAUCUAAAAUGCAAGAAAGCCAAGGAAACCAUGUGCGUCUUCUUUUUAAAGAAUUUGGCCACGCUGGCGAUUCUUUACGGGAAUGGGAAAACUUUUAAGUACGUGUUGAAACCGAGCGUACCUACGUUGGCGUAUCUGCUCGAAAUUAGUACCGAUUUUGGGAAGAUUUUACAGGCUACGAAGAAAUAUUGUGGUGUGAUUUGUAGGAAGGUGGGGCCACGAGAUGUGCAUAAGGGUCUCGUGCUGAGGGAGGUUUAUGCAAUAAUGGCCAAGUGUGAUUAUCUUUUGUUAAAGUGUUAGAAACUUCAAGAAUCAUGGUAAAUCGUGUUCAGUUUGUUAAAUUGUUAGAAAAUUAAGGAAUUGUGGUAAAUCGUGUUCAGUUUAUUAAAUCACAUAAGUUAUGUAUGUACUAAUUAUGUAAUACAUACAUGUUUGGAGUCAAAAUGUAACAAAACAAUAUGUACAUAUUUAUAAUACGUUAAUCAGCACAUUAAUUAUGACAAUCGCCACAUAUUUAUUUGUGAAUUAUUCAGGGGACAUGGUGUUUAGGUAUACAGAAAUGAUUUACAAUAUGGGAACUUUUAUUAAGGAUGCAUUCACAAUGACUACAAUUAAUGAUUCCAAAGUGCAAAUGUUGCGUAAAUGGUGCAUAAAUAUAUAUAAACUGCAUGGAUUAUACAGUGAUGUUCCACAUCGAAUUUGUACCAUGUUUUGAGUACAUGUCCAUUUUUGCAAUUUUGGUGAAUUAUUUUUCUUGAAAUGUGAUCCUCCCUGAGCCUGUAAGUAUGUCAACGGGUUCCGACACCCUACUGGUGUCAAAUGCGUAUGAAAUAAAUGAAAACGUUUUC